AAAAGCAUUCUGACACUCGGCCUCCCUCACUCUCUUUUCAGUCUACAACAAUCCAUUUUUGCGCACCAUUUUAAUCCCCCCAUUUUUUCUACUAAUUCAUUCUUCUUAAUUACUGUUUCUCUCCCUUAAAUAUUUUAUUGUUAAUUGCUACGGAGUAAAACCCUUUGUCCUUUAUCAUCUUUAUUUUCUGCACUUUUCCAAAGAAAAACAGCAAUUCACAACCUAAAAGCCCCUAUAUUGAUUCCCAAAACAGCAAUUUUUCCCUUUCUUUGUACUUAAUUCAACUUUAGAAAACAGUUUUUCUGUGCUAAUUUUGCAAAUUUCAGAUCUGAAGCCUUAAAUAUUAAAGAACCCUGUUUUCUGUUUCAAGGGUUUUAGCAGCUACUUUUGUAAAGAUUGAAUUUCAUAAAAGAAAAAUAAACCUUUUUAAAUUGUUAGUUUUUGUUAUUUCAAUUGGGAAAUUUUACCCUUUUUUUUUUGGUUGCCAAUUUCAUUUUAAUGGGUAUCUUGAAAAACCCUUCUAAAUUCACAAAUCAUGCAAAUCUUGUACAAUUUCAAAGGAAACAGCUGAUUCUCUAAUCUGGGUUUAUAUAAACUUUGUCCACCUUUCCGCUGGACUUCAUUUACAUGAAGGCGGAUUUCCAAAGAAAUUCUCAGAGAAGAAGAAAAAGUGCAAAAGAAGAAGAUGAUUCAGCUCUUGUUCCUAGUUCUGUGUGUAGAAAUUGGGGUGGCAUUUCUCUUGCUAGUGAAAGUGGGUCCAUUGAGAGAGCUUGUAAUGAAGAGCUUGGAUCAGGUUAAAUUGGGUAAAGGUCCAGCAACAGUGAAGACCAUUGCUGGUACAAUGUCUGUGAUUUUUAUGUUCCAUCUUAUGAAUAUUUUGAAGAUCCAGAAUAAGGGAAAUAAGCUUGGUACUAUGUCACCUAUGGAUCAAGUUCUAUGGAGGACCCACUUGCUUGAGGCUUCUCUUAUGGGGUUUACUUUAUUUCUCGGCUUCUUAAUUGAACGUAUGCACCAUUAUCUUCGCAAACUCAUUAAUAUUAGAAGCAAGGUUGGAGCAUCAAAAGAGGAGACGGAGAAGCUUGAGAAAGAGAAACAACAACUCAAGGAAAAGGAAGUGAAGGCUUCAAAAGAAAUAGCAAAGCUACAAAACGAGCUGUCAAAGCUAACAGAUGAAAUAAAGAAGGUGAAAGAGGAAUCACAAGAGAAAGACAAAACGAUUGAGACCGCUGAUGGUCAUGUAGUUGCCCUUCAGAAACAAGCAGCUGAUUUGCUUCUCGAGUAUGACCGUCUUUUAGAGGAUAACCAACAUCUUCAGACCCAACUUCAAAAAAGGUGACAAAACGAACUCGACUAGAAUUUUAAGUCAGAUACAAACAUUUUGAGAUUCAUAUGGUUAAGGCUUUUGUGCCAAAAAAACCUAUUUUUUCUCUCUUUUUCAGUUGGACAUAAAUGAUGAAUUGUUGUCAUUGAUGAUGGAUAUCCGAUCCCUUCUUUUGGGGCAUGGUGUUUGGGGGUUAGAAUGAAGGGAUUGGAACUCGGUUAAUGUAAUGGGAUCGAUGUUCGGGGGUGCUAAUUUUUUUUGCAACUUUGAUAAUUAGUUUUUGUAUCCGAAACUUGUGUUCGAUCUUUCCAUUCAUAUAUGUCUUGGUUUACAGCAACCACAUUUUCAUACUGGCUAA